AUUAUUUAUACCAAGAAUGUUACGUACAGUUAAGCCUAAAAAUGCCCGUGCUAAACGUUUCUUGAAGAACCGUGAAGCCAAAGUCCAUGAAAACCCCAAGAACAGCUUGAUUGUGCGGGGAUCUACAACCAGUCAAGUGAUCAACGAUGCUUUGAAAGAUCUCUAUGCUUUGAAACGUCCCAAUGCUGUUCAUUUUACCAAAAAGAAUGAACUCAAACCUUUUGAAGACGAAGAAAAACUCGAAUUCUUUUCUCAAAAGAACGAUUGUGCCUUCCUUGUUGUCGGUACACACACAAAAAAGAGACCUCACAACUUGAUUUUCGCCCGUAUGUUUAAUCACCAAGUGUUGGAUAUGUAUGAAUUCGGCAUUGAAAACCCCAAGUCUAUGUCUUCUAUUCCUGGUGCUAAAUGUUCUUUGGGUUUGAAACCAUUGAUGGUCUUCCAAGGUGAUCGCUUUGAAUCUGACGAAACUUGCAAACACAUUAAGAAUCUCUUUUUGGACUUUUUCAAUGGUGAGGAAUCAGAUGCUAUUAAUUUAGGUGGUUUGGAACAUGUCGUGAGUUUGACAGCUACACCUGACGAUCGUAUCUUAUUCCGUACCUAUUUGAUUCAAAUGAAGAAGAGUGGGUUAAAGACACCUCGUGUGGAAUUGGAAGAGAUGGGUCCCAGUUAUGAUUUGAAGAUUAGACGUACUACAUUACCCAAGCCUGAUCUUUGGAAGGCGGCUUGUAAGGUUCCUAAGGAAGUGAAGCCCAAGAAGGUCAAGAACAUUGAAGUGGAUGAAAUGGGUGAUAAAUAUGGCCGUAUUCAUCUUGGUAAACAAGAUUUGAGCAAGAUUCAAACAAGAAAGAUGAAGGGUUUAAAGAAGAGAAGUGCUGAUGACGACGAAGAAACCCUUUCAAAGAAGCAAAAAGUCGACCAAGAAUAAUAGUUAGACAUCCAUUUUACCAUGCAUUUUUUUCUUUUCUUAUUCUGUAAAAUACAUACAUAUACACA